GGUUUGACUUGACUGCUACAAAAAGAGAGGAACGGGCGCUUCGGUGGCUACUUGAAGGAAACCGGGGGAAGCUCUCUAUCUACAGAAACCGGCUGGGCUUUACAUCGGGAACACAACAUGCCACAAUACCGAUGCUGAGCUCGGGUCCAAAACAACAAUAUUCACCCCCAGAACCGCGAUAGUUUGUCGGCCACGCCCCGGUAAACACCGACCAGAGCCCGGUUCGAACAACCCAGCAGGGCGGCUACAGCAGCGGCUCAGAGCGCAGAAACAGGCGGCUUGUUUUGGGGGAACCAUGAGAGAGUACAAAGUCGUGGUUCUCGGGUCCGGAGGGGUCGGUAAAUCCGCACUAACCGUCCAGUUCGUGACGGGGUCCUUCAUAGAGAAAUACGACCCCACGAUAGAGGAUUUCUACCGCAAGGAGAUCGAGGUGGACUCGUCUCCGUCCGUGCUGGAGAUCCUGGACACGGCGGGCACGGAGCAGUUCGCCUCCAUGCGAGACCUGUACAUCAAGAACGGCCAGGGCUUCAUCCUGGUGUACAGCCUGGUGAACCAGCAGAGCUUCCAGGACAUCAAGCCCAUGAGGGAUCAGAUCAUCCGGGUGAAGAGGUACGAGAGGGUGCCCAUGAUCCUGGUCGGGAACAAAGUGGACCUGGAGGGAGAGAGGGAGGUGUCGUCCGGAGAAGGGAAGGCUCUGGCGGACGAGUGGAACUGCCCGUUCAUCGAGACUUCAGCCAAAAAUAAAACGUCGGUGGACGAACUGUUUGCAGAGAUAGUCCGACAGAUGAACUAUGCCUCCACACCAAAUGGCGACGACCAGUGCUGCUCGUCUUGUGUCAUUCUUUAAAGAAGAAGAAACAAGAAGGACAACCAUAAAAAGUUUUAUUCUUUGCUCGGUUUUUAAGUUUGCAAUGUGUGUUGCAGCAAGUGUGUACUGUUGAGCUCUUCUUCGUGUCUCACCCUGGCCUUGGAGGAAAAUACAGGGAGGAAUGCUGCAGGGGGACGAGAGGAGGAGGAGGAGGAGGAGGAGGAGGAGGAGGAGGGGAGCAACUGAGACUCAGAGGGAGGGGUCCACUCUUCAGGAAUUCUGCUGGGUUGGAGUAUCUUUGCUGCACGAUCAGUGUCCACCAUUGAUGUCAACACAGUGUAGGAUCCAGAGUUUCACCAACAACCCCCCUCCUCACCAGUUCAACUGGAACUAAAUCCCAAAUGGAAAAGAUACGGAGGGCAACACUUUAGAGACACUCAUAAAUGGAUAUUUCUGUAUAAGAAGACAGAGAGUAUAUUUUGUUAAAUAAACUGUGCACAGUCUGGGGGCGGGUAAAGAUUUACGGUGAUAUCUCUGCCCUAACCCGAUUUUUGGAGAGCAAAUGCCUCCACGACACUCCAAAUCCUAUUUUUCUUUUUUUUUUUCCAAAGUCAAAAGAAGAUGACGCCGCUUAUCUGCAAAGUGGAGUAAACGUGACGAGUGCCACUUUUUUUCCUCUUCAGUGCGAGAGAAGACCUUAACUGAAGUGACACGGGGGACCCGAUCGCCCCCCUCCAAUGUCGAGUGCCUUUCCACAAACAAAUCAGCUGUUCAGAUUUUAGUGCCAACCUACACGUAUCACCAAAAGAACCCCUUCAAACAUGGCAAUCCACAAUUUAGUGAACUGUUCUUCUGGAUAAUCUCGUAGGGGUGGAGGCUGAAAAAGAAACUACAAUAGGCUUUUUGUUCAUGGAAUGGCGGUUUUCUGUAUGUUUUACGUUGGCCUUUUUUUUUUUUUUUAAAGUCUGAGGUGUUCAUUUUUGCAAUGUCUGCUUUAGUCCAGCCAAAACAUAUCUCUUGAAAUGCACAGGUACUGGAAUCUACCCUAGACGUGACAACAACAACACCAAACGCUUACCUUUUCCAGACCACUUAAAAUUCUGUUUCUGUUCUAUUUUGUUGUUUUUAACAGGAAAUGUGAUGAUGUACCGUUGACAAAUCUAACCUGAUUGUACGUUUAACUGCAGACCAGCCCUUUAACAACGGGGCUGUCUGUUUUAAAAAAACAAGACUUUUAAUACAAAUUGCAUUUUUAAAAAACAAAA